GAGAGGGUACCGUUCAUUCGGCCUUGCAUUGUUGCUCUGAGCUCCAGGAAGAUGUCCGCUCCCAUCAGCCGGCUGCUGCUCCUGUGCCUCCUGCCUCUGCUGGGGACUCACGCUGGGGAUGGAGGGGGCAGGUACUCCCGGGAGAAGAACCAGGUCCCUGCAGACAGUGCGGAGUUCAGGAUCCUCAGGCUGAAUCAGGUCUGGGAGAAAGCUCAGAGGCUCCAGCUUUCUGCUGUGAAAAUAGCAGAACUUCACAGUGAUCUAAAAAUACAAGAGAAGGAUGAGCUGAACUGGAAAAAGCUGAAGGCAGAAGGUCUAGAUGACGAUGGAGAGAAGGAAGCCAAGCUCAGGCGAUCUCUGAAUGUGAUCCUGGCCAAGUAUGGGCUUGAUGGUAAAAAGAAAACUGAAACAGAAGACAGUAAUUAUAUUAAAGAUGGAACUGCAACAGGGAAUGAUAUCUUAAAUGACCCGCGAUUAGAAAAACUAUGGAACAAGGCAAAGACAUCUGGAAAAUUUUCAGAAGAAGAGUUGGAAAACUUGUGGAGGGAGUUUGUCCAUCAUAAGGAAAAGACAAAUGAAUAUAACAUACUGUUGGAUACCGUAAGCAGGACUGAAGAGAUCCAUAAAAAUGUAAUCAGCCCAGAUGAGUAUGAGGUUAAGGAGGACAUCCUGCAUAGCAAGCACUCAGAUCUCAAAGAGAAGCUAAGGAGCAUAAAUCAAGGAUACGAACGCUUGCGCAAACUUAGUCACGAGGGCUUCGUAGGUGGCACAGAGUUUAUUCAGCCUAGAGUAAAUGACUUAUGGGACAUGGCAAAGACUGCAAACUUCUCAGACGCAGAACUGGAAUCAUUUAAGGAAGAAUUAAAGCAUUUUGAAACAAAACUGGAGAAACAUCAGCAUUACAAAAACCAGCUGGAAAUAUCCCAUGAAAAGCUAAAGCAUAUUGCAGAAAGCGGAGACAAAGAACACCUAAUAAAGAGCAAAGAGAAAUAUAACAUGCUUACUGAUAAGAUCAAAGAAUUGGGGUAUAAGGUGAAGAAGCAUCUACAGGACCUCACAAGCAGGGUUUCCAAAGAUGGACUAAAUCACAAUGAGCUUUGAAUGAUUUGUUUCUGGAUCAUCAGUGGUGUAAAUGACGAAGAAAAACCUACUGGACGGGCAUCAUUUCAUCUACUGAUAAACAAUGAAGGCUGCAAGCAUAAUUUGACCACAAGUCAAAACGUCUUUGCUAAUAUGCAGAGCACCUGGUUUUUGUAUUUAAACCUCUUUUAGGUUGUCCAUGUAUUCCAUCUGUAUAGGUCAUUGAUGAAAAUCAGGCUUAUAUAUUUCGGCUGGAAACAAUACCCAUUGAUCAAUGUCUCUAAACUGAGAUUUGUCGAGAAUUGAAAAACUAGAUGAUGAAAUCUGGAAACAAUGCCACAUUUUGGCUUUUUGGCUUCAAAUGUGCAAUUUGCUGUUACUUUAAUAAAUUACUAAUUUAGCAAAUGUCAAUGUCUAACUCUAUUAUUAGUCCUGAUACAAAGUCAUUUUCUGACAUAAAAAAUAAGGUCCAACUUAAAGAAACAGAUUUGCAUAUGAAGGAUUAUCUCUUAGCCCUGUUACUUUUCUGUGUUUAAUUUUUCCUCGCUUGGUGCCUGCAGAGAUCUAUAAUUGCUGUUGAUCAAAUUAAAUUCUAGUUUUGCUUGUGGAGAUCAUGGCUCUAAAUUCACAAAAAUGUUUUCAUAAUUUGCUUUAAGAAGCUUUACAGACAAAUUAUUCAUCACUUAUUAGUAGAAUAUUAGCAUGUGGUGAAAUCUUAUUUUAAGCAAAAAAGGUACCAGGUAGUUUGUUUUUCAUUGUUGUGAUUU